UAGAGGAAGACAGUUUACGUCUGUCCACAUUCUGCGGCUUUUUCGGUUCAGUCUCUCGGUCGGUGGAAGAGCGAGACCUCUCACAGGAGGUGGAGUUCGCCGUGCUUAAGCUACGCGGGACCAGUCGUCUCCUGCGAUGUUAACAGAGAGCUGAAACGACAGACCUGCGUGCUCCGAUACGUGACAGCGUACACGAGUCAUGGAGCUCCACAGAUCCUUGAGCUUGUGGAUAUUGUGUUUGUGUCUCGUUGGAGAAAGUUGGACUGAAAAGCCAAGUUCACCUACACCGGUGGACAGUCAGCCUGCUGAAAAUGGAAUGUCAGAUUUUUGUCGCAUCGAUGAGCCACUAUGCAAGGAUGAAAAUGCCUUUCUCACCUAUGAAGCUAUCCGUAAUAUCCAUAAGCAGAUGGAUGAUGAUGCAAACGGCAAUGUAGACGUCGUAGAGACAGAUGGCUUCCUGAGAGAAGAUCUAAACUACCAUGACCCCAAGGCCAAACAUAACAGCUUCCAUGGGGACGACCAGUUCAUCAGUGUGGAGGACUUGUGGAACUCAUGGAAGGGCUCCAAAGUGUAUAAUUGGACAGUGGACGAGGUGGUGGAAUGGCUCAUCAUCUAUGUGGAGCUGCCACAAUAUGUGGAUGCAUUUCGCAAGAUAAAUUUCAAUGGAAGUGCCAUGCCAAGGCUUGCUGUAAAGAACACCACUCUGACACUCUCUAUUCUGAAGAUUUUGGAUCGCAGCCAUGUGCAAAAGUUGCAGCUCAAAUCUUUGGACACCGUACUCUUUGGAGCACCACUGAUGAAUAGACAUAACCACUUGAAGGACUUCAUGUUGGUUGUGUCAAUAGUCAUAGGCAUGGGUGGAUGCUGGUUUGCCUACAUCCAGAACCGCUACUCUAAGGACCAUAUGAAGAAGAUGAUGAAGGACCUAGAGGGCUUGCAGAGAGCUGAGCAGAGUCUGCAUGACCUGCAAAAGAAGUUGCAGAUUGCCCAGGAGGAGCAUCGAACAGUUGAAGUAGAGAAGGUAAAUCUUGAGCAGAAGCUGAGGGAUGAGAUAAACGCUGCUAAACAGGAGGCCCAACGAUUGAGAGAGCUGCGUGAAGGCACAGAGAAUGAGCUGAGUCGCCAAAAGUAUGCAGAAGAAGAGCUGGAACAGGUGCGCAUGGCAUUGAAGAAAGCAGAGAAGGAGUUGGAGUCACGGAGCAGCUGGUCGCCACCAGAGUCUCUACAGAAAUGGCUGCAGCUCACCCAUGAGGUGGAAGUGCAGUACUACAACAUCAAGAAGCAAAAUGCUGAACGGCAACUCCUGGUGGCCAAAGAAGGGGCAGAGAAGAUAAAGAAAAAGAGGAACACUCUCUUCGGGACUUUCCAUGUGGCUCACAGCUCCUCCCUGGAUGAUGUGGACCACAAAAUAUUAGCAGCAAAACAAGCCCUUGGUGAGGUGACUGCUGCUCUGCGAGAGAGGCUGCAUCGCUGGCAGCAGAUAGAGAUCCUAACGGGUUUUACCAUCGUCAACAAUCCAGGCCUCCCAUCACUGGCCUCGGCCCUCAACCUCGACCCCACUUUCAUGGGCGGCAGAGCUACACCUCAGCACUUCAUCAUGUCUGACGACAUGGACGACAUGGACGAGGAUAUCGUACCCGGAACUCUGCCAUCUCCCAGUAUGAUGUCUCUGCGCCAACGCCACAUUGAUCCCCAGCUGGCCCUGGGCUCCCAGAGGGAUCUAAAUCGCUCCGACUCAGACUCCUCUUUGUCCCUUUCACAAGUUGGUGAUCGGCUGUCUGCCUACAGCUCCAAAGGCCACCUAAUCAAGCCCACUUCUCUCAUGCACGGCCUGUCCAACCGGCCAGAUGACGCCAUCUCACUGCAUGCUCACACCCCCAAUGGAGGGAACCGUGUUCAUGAGGGAGCUCCCGACAGCCCCAUACUCAUGAAGAAGGUGUACAGCCUGGGAGAGAUCAACAGUCUGUCCGAGUCAUCUCGCUCACUCAGCCCAAACUCCACUGAACCUGACACACCAUCACCAACAGGAGUGGUGGGAGUUAAAGCCAACAGCCGCAUCCCACAGCUGUCCUCCAAGAAGAGCCCCCUAGAGGAAGACAGUGGUUCAACAGGAGAAGACACAGAUUCAGCUGCCAGCCGUAAGAAACAUACCUUCAAGAUCUUCAAAAAACAGAGGAAAUAAAAGCUAAAUAAAUGAACUAUGGGCUACCAAAGCUGUCUGACUGUAUUCCUCUGUCUGACCUGUUUUUGUUAUGUUUUUUAGUUUCUAGUUUUGGGGGUUCAUUAAUGGUCACAUGAUGACAAAAUGUUUUGUCAUUGAAUCUUUUUGUAGGUUACAACACCUACUUUGAGAGACUGUGGACUGUUUUACCCAGCUUUAUCUGCUUAUACUUGGUCAAUGUUGAGUAUGUGGGGAAUGGGCAGGUUUGUAUAUUGGAAUGUAAAGUAUUAUUUAUUCUGCAGGAACUUGUGCCAGUGUCAAAGGGAAAUAUGUCUCCCACUUGUUUCCUUUUUUUCCUUCUUGUUCUACAAUCUAUAACAUUUUGCAUGUCUUCACUUUUGUUUGACAGAUACUCGAAUGCUCUUAGUGUUUGCUUGGUUCUUGUUGUUAACCUGCUUAGACAACACUUGUUUCUUUUAUUACUAUCAAAACACCUACAAGUCCAAAGUGAAUGCGCACUCCUGAGUAUUUUCCUUUUAUUGAUGGGUACACUUUGUCUGUUUUCUUUUUGUUGAUGUCUUGUUUGCGGAGAAAAUGACACAUUCAGGGGAUCUUCAAAUAUAAGAGGUGUAUUAGAAUGCUCCUGUGGCUACCUUUGGCUGUAAAAACAAAUGUUGCGUGUUGCUAUUUGAACUCAGUAUAUCACGAUGCCUUCUUAGGGCCAUUCUAGGUAAUAAUAACAAUAAUAAUAAUAAAAAAAUAAUAAAAAGGAUCAGGGAGGGGGUGAUACUCUGAAAAAGAAAAAAUCCUAACUUUUAUAAGAUCUUAGGUGGAAAAUUUAUUUUAAAAAUGAAUGCAAAAAACCCCAAAGACUAUAGUCUCACAUUGAAGUCACAAAUAUACAAAAUAAAAAGGUUCCUUUUUUUUUUUCUUAAA